UUUUAACAUUAAAAAAGUAUCGAAUCGAGACAAAAGAUUGCCAGAUUAAUCGCUAUAAAUGCAUUAUAGGUAUUUUCACGGGAAAACUAUGGGGCAGAACAACCUAUAGUGACUAGCAACAAAUAAUAGCGAUUUAAAGUGAAUUAUGUGAUUCGAAAGGUUAAAGUAAUCUUCAAAAAGCAGUAGUUAUGUUAAAACGUCGCCCUUUAGAGGGAAAAAAAAUACAAUCACGUCAUUUAUUAGCCUGAUAUAAAACACACGGAAUCCUCUAUAAUAGUACGAAUGGCUCCCUUACAUGCACCGAAAGUAAGUAUAACCGAAUGACGCCGAGCCACGCGUGACUGGAAGCAAGACAAUCCGGGUUGCUGACUGUAAUUGGCUGGUUUUUAACAGACAAGAGGCAGAUCGGACUGUACUGGGCUGUGAAAAAUAGACUGACAGGAAACCAGACGCGCACUGUAGUGAAAGACAGACCGAGAACCGGACCGCACUGAGAUAUGACAACGCGCGGACCCCCACCGCACGGAGAUUUCUUGGACAUUCCUUUGACAGACUGAUAGAAAGACAUACAGAUAUACUGGAGAUCGGAUCGCACAAAAAUUUGUGACAAACAAAGCGGGGAGCGGACCGCACGGUGGUUUGACAGCGGCAGACGGAGCAGCGGAUCGCGCGUUCCCAUGAUGCUCUGGGAAGAGGAAGCCGAGGCGUGACGACGUUUUAAUCAUGGUAGCGCUGGGGAGGGGAAGAGGAGAAAGUGCUAGCAACCCGAAAUUCGCAGCGAGUCGGCGUCGUUUCUCCACCGGGCACUUCAGUGCACCGCCAACAGAGAGGGCGUGAUCACGCUGUGCACCACCAUGGGCGAAAAUGGCCCUGACAAGGAGGCCAUGUACUUCAAAGGGGAGACGGGGAAUCUGACCCAGGAGGAGGACGAUGACAAAAUGGUGGACUUCGACAAAGAUGGCCUGAUGCCGCCAUCGUCCUCUUCCCCUUCGCGGCGCAUUUACGACCGCACCACCGUGCUUAUUGAGCAGGACCCCAUCAACCUGGACGAGGAAGGCGAGGAUGAUGGCCAGUGUGACAACAUGGCUCUGCUGGCCGACGGUGACGAGGAGGCCAGCCUGGCCUUCAUGGUGGACCCUGAUGGAAUGUCACAGGGCUAUGUCCACCACACCAUCUCGCCAGACCAGAUCCAGUUCAUCAUCAACCCCGGGUCUACUCCUAUGCCACGGAACAUCGAAGGGGCCACUCUUACCCUGCACUCGGAAUGUCCAGAAACCAAGCAAAGAGAGGUGAAGCGGUACCAGUGCAUGUUCGAGGGCUGCACUCGGACCUAUAGCACGGCGGGCAACCUACGCACGCACCAGAAAACGCACCGCGGCGAGUACACCUUCGUGUGCAACCAGCAGGGCUGCGGGAAGGCCUUCCUCACCUCCUACAGCCUGAAGAUCCACGUGCGCGUGCACACCAAGGAGAAGCCCUUCGAGUGUGACGUGCAGGGCUGCGAGAAGGCCUUCAACACGCUGUACAGACUGAAAGCACACCAGAGGCUGCACACGGGGAAGACGUUCAACUGUGAAUCGGAAGGAUGCACCAAGUACUUUACCACACUCAGCGACCUGAGGAAGCACAUCCGCACGCACACCGGGGAGAAGCCGUUCCGGUGUGACCACGACGGCUGCGGGAAAGCGUUUGCCGCGAGUCACCACCUGAAGACCCACGUCCGGACCCACACAGGGGAGAAGCCAUUCCUCUGUCCCAGCGACGGCUGCGAAAAGACCUUCAGCUCCCAGUACAGCCUGAAGAGCCACAUCCGGGGCCACGAUAAGGGGCCCAACUUCGUGCUGAGCAACUCGCUCAAUGAGGAUGCGAAUCAUUCUCUUUGCCUCAGUGAUUUGAGCCUGCUCUCCACAGACUCUGAGCUCAAAGAAAACAUGCAGAACUCUCAAGGUCUGGAUCUGAAUAGCGUCACGCCCGUGAGGAUAUUCGAGCUGAUGUUCCAGAGUCCAGAAAACAGUGUCAGUCAGGACGAGGCCCAGCCCCCAGAUAACCUCACAGAGGCCUUCAGCUCAGAAGAGCCGGCCCUGCCCACAGCCACUGUGGGUGAUGGUGGCUCCAUGGCUUCUGGGGCUCUGCCUUUUUCUUCAUCCUCUUCCUCCUCCUCUUUGAACACCCCUGUCUUGGAGGCCCCCCCGCAGACUGCUUCCCUGGCCCCCUCCCAAGCCACAAGCUCUGCCCCCACCACGCUGGGCCCCUCCCCAGUGACCUUUGCACCCUUGUCGGGGAUGACCCAGGGGCCAGAGGGGCCCAGCCAGCAGGGUUCCCAGCACUACCUGACCCUCCCAGCUAAGUUCCUGGAGCAGGAAGGACCUGCCCAAACCCAGCCCAGCGCUGCACCGACAGCCCUGCUCCCUGGCGCCGCCCCAGUGGUGACAGCGGCGGAGGCAGUCCCAGCCGCGGUGCACACCGUGCCUUUGACCGCCAACCCCAUGCUGACGCCCAGCCCGAGCAUCACCAUUGCCCCCACCCAGAACCUCCUGCAGCCCAGCAUCGUCAUGUCGGACCAGAACCUGCAGUGGAUUCUCAGUAGCGCCACCAAUGCCCAGCAGAGCUCCGAGCCGCCGCAGCAUCAAGGUACAAAAGUAGAAAAGGUGUUCUUCACCACAGCCAUACCAGUAGGAGGGAAUUCAGGCAGCUCCGUGCAGCAAAUUGGCCUGAGCCUUCCUGUCAUUAUCAUCAAGCAGGAGGAGUCCUGUCAGUGCCAGUGUGCGUGCAGGGACUCCAAAGACAAGGGUAGUACCAAGACCACAGAUCUGGCCCCGCCCAAGCCCCCACCCCCUCCGCCAGCCCCGCCUCCCCCUCCCACUGUACCUGCUCCUUCGACAGCCCCGCCUUCAUCCCUGGCGUGCUGCUCGGGCCAAUCAGUCUCAUCUCCCUGCCAGAGGACUGAGGCCCCAGUGCAGGGCGGGACGCAGCAGGGGGUGCCCGCAGCCACUCCCACGCAGACUUUUCCUCCAGAGUCGGGCAGCUCCACAGCACCGGACACCGCUGGCGACGCCCUAAUUAACAUGGACGUUUCCGACUUCCUGUCCCUGCAGAGCCCCGAGACACCCGCGAGCAUGAGCGCCAUCGAGGCUCUGCUCCUCGUGGCCGACGACUUCUCCGGGGGCGGGACACAGGCGGGCGGCUUCGCCAAAUGAACUGUCCGGUGGGGAGAAAGCCGUCACGGGGUGCAGUGCAUUCUGGGUAUCAUAUGGCGCUCUCAGCCUGGAGCCGUACCGUCGCCGACAGUCGUGGGCGGUGCUGCUCACCUGUGCACAUGAGUAGUUCUGUACUCUCUUCUGGUGUGAUCUGCAUCUCUGACGUGUGUCCUGAAAACUAACACUAAACACUGGCAAAGCUGAGGUGGCAUUUUCCUAACAAAAAACAUAUGCAUUGUACUUCACUGUAGCUUAACUCCCAAAAGUACGCUUGUAGUUACACUAAGGAUUAAGUCAACGCUGAACUAGAUGUUAAAUUACUGUCACCUCUGAAAGGGAAGCCAGCGCACUGAGCGGAGGAAGCCUUUGUCCCAGCAGUCUGCCUUGCUUUGCCGGAUGCAGAGCCGAGUGGAUGUCUGCCGAAUAAACAGAAUGUACUGCAUGCUGGGAGAGUCGGUCAGGUUUCUGAGCAGCGUCUCACACGUGAUUCGCUACGUGGCCCUGUGGGGCGGGACUAGAGGCGGUCCCACCAAAUGUCUUGUGGGAUUGAAAAUAUCGUGUAGAAUUUUUACUAGAAAUACUAGUAUCAUCCAGAAGAUGUGAUCACAGUCCAGGUUAAUCUAGUAACUUUUGUUUCCCCACCUUUUUAUACUCCUGUUCGUAUCGAUUGUAAAACAUGUAACAAACUUGCUUGCCUUUUAACUCCGAUUCAAAGUUAUAUGUUGCAAACAAUUGCCUAUUACUAAAUUAAUAUUUAAUUUUUUUAGAUAAUUUAUUCAAGUGUUUAAUUUCUGCCAUUAGAAUUACUUGUCAGAUUCCUUUGGGGUUUGUCUUGACUGAUAUUUGUGGACCAAGUCCUGACAUCGUCCUUUUGUAAACCCCCUCAAAGUUACUGCACAGACACCUUCCUUGAUGUUACUGAUGGUUUUUGUUGUUGCUGUUUUAUAAGUGAAGCUUUUCAGGGUCCACAGAUAUAGUUUUCGGCCUUGGAUUUAACCCUGCUGCCCACCCCCCCCUCCCCCUCCCAGACCGUGACUCACAGGCGUCGCCUGUCGCCGUCCUGCUGCUGGGUCCAGUCCCUUCGCUGCCAGUUUGUGACACAGGCAAUCAGCUUCACACAUUCUGUGUGUUUUAACAACCCCUCAGGGAUAGAGUUGAGUGCGACUGAUACAACUAGAAUAGUUGAGUUUUCCUGCUUUUGUUUCGAUGGAGUGCAAUUAGACAGCCUGUUUUUGUAGUAACCCACCCUAGUGUCCAUGAGUGUGUCUGUUUUUUGUCCCUGUUUGUCCCACAGUACCUAAUAGCCAUUUAGGUAGGGCCCCUCCCACCGAGCCCGUCAGCACUGAGUGCCCUCGUUUAUGUAACACUGCUGUAACCUCGGGAAAUGAGCAAUUAAUCAUACUGUAAAUACAUUUGAUAAUAUCCUUCCUUUAGAUUACUGAAUUUGUAUUUUUGUAUAAUGUCAGAUGUUUAGACUUUGGGUUUGGAGACGGAAGGUACCGGGUUUGUCUUGCUUUUGGGGGGGAGGAGGUGGUUUCAUGUCAGUCAGAGAAGGAGUCUUGUAGAGUAGUGUAGGUCUCUGUUCCUGUGUGGUCGCCAUAGUGAUCCCCAUAGGAUGGAAAGAAGCGUGAAGGAUUGAACUGCUUAUCAAUACAGUGCUUUUCUGCAGUCCGCUUACCUGCCCGUCCCUCCUACCCAGUAUGGUCACAGCACAGUAACACAGGAACAUGGGGUGGCAAAGUGCAUGCCAUCUGCAGUUUUUAUUUCUUUUUUGUGCCAAGGAGUCACACGUCAUCUGAUCUGUGAUGUUUCUGCAGUUGCCUUUGAGAGCAGGACCGGGAAACAAAACAAGAAGUGUGUGUUUGUACAGCCAGCCCUCCUACUCCAACGCUCUUUACCAUUUUUGUGUGGCUUCAUUAAUUUUGUUUUCCAAAUUUCUGGUUAAAAGAUUUCGCAUAAGAGCAACUUUAAUUAAGCUUUUUUUUACAGAUUUUUUCCCCCCUAAACAGUUUUUCUGAAGUGGAAGUAACAUUGUAUGAAAAUUACUUUUAAAUUUGGCUGAAAGCAUCUGGUGGUGUCAUUUGCACCUCAGUGCAGUGUGCUGCUGACCUCAUAAUCCCAUGUUGGCUGUAAUUUUGGGCAGGAGGACUGACCCUGUGUUCCAUGGCAUGUUGACCAAGCAUUGUGGGAUGUCGGCUAAUAGCCUUUGAUUUCCAUCUUUGUUUUUAAGGACCUUCUUAGAGUAGCUUAGUGUUCUGUGGUAUCAUAAGCACUUUGUUUUGGAAAUAUGGGAAGUGUUAGAAGUAUGCACAUGUAAAAUCAGUUUCAUCUGUUAAUUUAUUUUGUUAGCUAAUGAACUCAGAGGACAGGAAAUUAACAGGUGACGUUCUUUGUCAUCUUUUUAUGAAGUAGUCCAGCUUGGAAUCGGAAAGCUGAAUGGUCAAAGACUCGCAUGUGGAACAGUAUGACACUUCUGGAUUUCUGUUUUUUUUUUUUUUUUUUCUCUGCGGCCAUUCUGUCUUGGUCAAUUGCUUCCAAAUGUGGAAAGAAGCUAUGCAAUGUCUCAUUGGCCAGCAGCAUUCCCAAGGGGCGGUCCCAAUGUCCCGUGUGCAUGGGACAGCUGAGGCUGCAAAUCUUUCCCAUCCUGUUACGGAAGCAGUUGCUUGCGCUCAUUACUCAGUGACAGCAUGUAUCUUGGGAGUGUUUGGAAUGGUCAGUUUCUGAGAAAGCAGUGGCAAGUAUACAUAAAAAUGUUGUGUAUUUUAAAUGGCUGAUGCAUUCAUUCAAAUUAAUUGCAAUAUGUAAAACAGACUGUGCGCGCAUUUCAGCUUUCAUGCAUUUGAAUCUUUAAAGAGUUUGUUUCCCUUAUGCAUUGAGUUGUUUUGUCAAACAUUACUUUGGGGGCAGAUGUUAGACGUGAAAAUGAAAUUCUGUUGUAAGAAUUAGAUUAGUCACUUGAGACACAAUCUUUUUUUUUUUUUUAUAAACAUGGAACUCUGGAUUGAUUUAAUGUGUAGUCAGCAUUUCCCAUAGCCUGCCAUUCUCGCAUUACUUCAGCAUCGUGUGCACCAAUUUCAAGGGCAUUUACAGCAAAAUUUUCAGCCUUUGUGUUAACGUUUCUUUCAAACUCACUUUACCUGGGGGGGGGGAGGUGAUCACGGUGCCAUCCUACCUGCAGGUGGGGCUCAGACCUUCAGGAGAAUAGGUGUGAACAGAUCUGAUGGUUACACUGUUGCUUCAAAAGCCUGGCUUUUACCAGCCAUGCUAUAAAAUCAUGUGGCUGGUUUGAGACCCCCUCCCCCCUUAUUAAAUGCUCUAGUCCCAGGUUAGGGGGGAAACAAAAAAAAUGUAACAUUGGUACACUGGAUUUGUUCUGCUCUUUUGAGCCACCUGGGGUUAAUGAAUAGGAUUUUUAAUGCUUCCAAAGGAAGAGUGUCUCCAAAACCCAAAGAGAGAUUAAAUUUAACAUGUAAAGGAUUUGUAUUUUAAAAGAAUGUACAAUGUGAAAAUUUGUUUGCUUAUAUGCUUGUUUUGUAUAAAGUAUUAAGUAAAUAUAACUUUUUGGAAUUGAAAGCAAUAUAAUACUAAUUAAAUCCUUUGACUUGUCA